CUCUCUCACUGCAGUCGGCCAGUAACAGGACCUGUCAAUGAGUCAGCGUCACCGCAGGGCUGCAGGUUUCUUCACUCUUCUUGAUUAAAACCCUAUUUUCCUCCUGGAAUAUUUUAAAUACAUUUUUUAACCGACCAUGGAUCAGUUUCGUGGCCUUUUUGUCAAACUAGACCAGGACAAAGAUGGGUUUGUGUCUGUGUCUGAGCUGCACAGUGAGAUGAAGAAGCACGGGAUCAUCACGACGGACGGCAGGGUUCAGAACAUCGUUGAUUCUUAUGAUAAAAACAAAGAUGGCCUCUUGGAUUAUCACGAGUUCCUCAGCUACAUGACAGACAGGGAGAAGAAGUGGAAAAUUUACUUUAAUGACCUUGACAAGAACAAGUGUGGGCUGAUUGACCAGGAGGACAUCAUAUGUUUGUUUAAGGAGUUAGGAGUGGUCAUUUCAAAGACGAAUGCAAAAAAAAUUAUACAAAUGAUGGAUAAGGACAGUUCUAUGACCGUGGACUGGAGUGAAUUUCUGCAGCACGUCAUCCUCAACCCUGUGGACAACAUCAGUGAGCUGGUGACCUCGUGGAAACACCAGCUGGUUUUCGAUGUGGGUGAGAGUCGGGCCAUGCCAAUCCAAUUCCCUGAGGAGACGUCGGGGUUUGGGGCCUGGAGGACAUUCGUUCUGGCAGCUGGUUUGGCGGACGGUGUGUCCCGAACUGUGACUGCACCCAUGGAUCGCCUGAAGACCCAGCUCCAGGUCCAUGGAUCCAAAGCCUUCUCGCAGGGCUUCCAGGAGAUGAGAGCAGGUGGGCUGAGGUCCAUGUGGCAAGGUAACGCAGUCAACGUGCUGAAAGGAACGCCACAGUCCACCCUGCAGUGUCUCAUAUACGCCCAGAUGAACGCCUACGUCCAAAGCACCACCCGGGAGACUUUGACGGUGCAGCAGCGGUUUGGGCUGGGCUGUGUGUCUGGUACUGUUGCUCACAUUGCCUUCUACCCAUUAGAGGUGCUGAAGGUGAGGCUCAACCUGCAGCAGGCUGGGACGUAUCACGGUGUUAUGGCGUGUGCACGAUCUAUUUACAGCAAUGAGUCCAUGUCUUCGUUUUACAGAGGUUUCAAACCAAGCAUCCUCUGUAUGAUCCCCUACGCUGGUGUGGAGUGUGCCGUUCACCAGUCAAUCAUGAACUGGGCAAAGAGUGAGCCAUCCUACAACAGUGACUCCAAACUGUUUUUCUUUAGCUUUGUGGCCUUUGCCUCUGGACAAAUAACCAGUUAUCCGUUAGCAGUGAUUCGAACCCAGCAGCAAGCACAAGCGAUCAGUUCAAACUCACCUCCAGCUUCAGGCGUGUUUCAAGGACUCAUCAGGAUAUAUCAAAGACGUGGAAUCAAAGGAUAUUAUAAUGGCAUGGGGACCAGUUUUGUUAGGGCUGUUCCAUGUGCCCUGAUUAACUACACCUUAACCAGAAAGUUUGAAGACCUAUUCUCUACGCUGGAAUCUUGAGAUCCAUAUUGAGAUGGUACAGAGGUAACAAAUAGCAGAAUGAAACAGAUGAGUCACCGCGUGAUACAGACUCAUGACCUCUUCAGUGGUUUAACUGAACUCUUUAUUAUGAAGGCAGUGGGAUCUUGACGAGCUGUGAAACUGAAUUGUGUAUUAAGGUUUAAGUCAAACAAUAAAAAAAAUAAUUUA